AUGGAAGAAUCUGCGCCAAAGCGACGGCGUACUUCGCCGCGCACUUCUCUAAAUAUCGGCGCCUCUGAAGAACCCGCGUCACCGCAGAGAAGACGGCCAUCAUAUGCAUCACCAACCAAAGCAAGCAUGUCACGAAAUAACCCUGAAGCAUUUGAGCGCCGACGAUCAAGAUCACCACAAAAAUUACCGAGUGCUAGAGCUUCGGGUCAAUUUACUUUUGAUAGUCCUUCAGAAGCUCUUGCAGCGCGCUUGGCGACGAGUAGGAUUGUUAGCGAUGCUCCUACUCCUACGCGCCCUGAGGAUACGACGCCAGGAUCGAUUAGACGUGUGGGAGGGGGAAUGGCUUCUGCUGCGAGGAGGACGUCUUCGAGAGCGGGUGCGAGGGCGGAGGAGGAUGAUUUUAAUCCGUUUCGAGGGAAGGUCUUGAGAAGAUCACCGCAGGCUGGGAUUAGGAUGGAUGUUGAUGUGCCUUCCGCUUCGAUGCCAGAACCUCAGCUUGGAUUGCCUUCGGAUGAGCCUAUGGUUGAGCCUGAGGAGAACACUCCCAUUCAGUCUGAGGAACUUGCGCCUGCGGAAGAGACGUCGCCAGCCAAACCCCCAUCAGCGGCUGGAAGUCCGUCACCAGCUCGGUCGCUUUCUUCAUAUAACCUUGAGAUCCCGGCUCGAUCUUCAUCUCCCAUCAGGUCACCUUCGCCAGCUGAAGUUGCCCCGGCGCCAGAGCCUGAAGUGGAGGAAGAACUGGAGGAAGAGUCUGAGCAAGGAGUAGAACAAGAAUCAGAAGCGGAGCCGGAACAAGAAUCAGGGUCAGAACUAGAAGCCGAUCCCCAGCCUGAUCCCGAACCAGAACGAGACUCCCCGAGUCCACCACCACCUUUGCCAGAUUUCUCAUCCUCGCCCCCGCCAGCUUCAAUGCCGCCUCCAAGAAUACCACCGUUGGUCCAACCGAACUCGCAAGACGCCGCCCCAUCAGCCUCACAACCAGUACCUCGACUACCACCACGCGAUACAGGACCACGAAAGAGCUUCCAGAACAGCCCAGUUCGAUUCCGAGAGUUUUCACAACGAGAUUCGCCAUUAGCAAAACCACCGUCGCGUCUGUUGGAGAAGCCAAGGAAGAGCUUCGCUCAAGCCGGAUCAGCGCUGAGAGAGCAACCGCCUGUUAAAGCCAAAGCUACAGAGGUUAGACAGCCCCGAGCCUUUGAUCCAGAUGCAGAGAAGAAGAAGGAACGGGAUAGAGUUCAGAGGGAGAUCCAAGAUUUGAAGAAGGACCUUGAAAUUGCGCGAAAAGAGAACGAGCGCAUUCGUUUGAUGCAACAGUCUAGUCGCACCCUUGCACCGACAAAUCAAGACGAGGUCAUCAGCCUCAUCGAGCGCCACCUGAUGUCUACUGGUACCGAACAGAGUAAAACAGCAUCGCAGCAAUUAUUACAAGCGGCGCUGAAUCCCGCCGCCCUGUUGCCUUUCAGCAAGCCUACAGCCCCAGUGGUCCGACCAUCUGUCGAAGAGAAGCAGCCUGAUGUCAAGUCACAUCAUCCCGUGGCCAUGACAGCAACAGAGGAGCUGCCCUAUCUUGAACUUUUUACUCCAUUCUCCAUGACAUCCAACACGUCCGUAUUACCAGAGGCUGAUGGAGAGCCGUUGAGGCAACAUUAUUCCAUCACACUUCGAUCACGCGAGAUACCGGGAAUCUUUACAGCCAAGAUUGAGAUGACAGUCAAUGCCACAGACCUUACGGUUCUUGAUCUCGGCGUCACAGCCUUGGAACCAGCUGCAAAUUCUGAGCUCGGUCCUUUCAUUCGCAAGAUCUGCACAGGUGACUGCAACCGUUCCAUGCAACGCAAUAUCGGCAUCCUUUCGUGGGCUAUGGGUGAGUGGCUUCGAGUCGCUAUCGAUAGAGCAGUCUUCUGGUGCCAGUUGGAACAAAGUCUAGGCUCGAAAGACGGUGUAUCGGAGGCUGCAGCUCGAAUGCGCUCAAAGAAACACAGACGCAGGAGGGACAGUGGCGAGGACUCGGAUGAGGAUGAGCCGACACGAGUAGAAUCUGUCAAGAAAGCAGACCUCAUUCGCUGUUUGGGCCAGCAACACUUCGAUAUAUCAAUUCCGUACGGCGAUGCAGAGGAGUCAGGCUCAACGGUACGACUGGGAUGGAAGACCGAGUUUGACUGGACUGGAGAAGCGCAAACCAGGCUGGCUGUCCUGGUUGGCGCCCCAGGAAAAUGGCACCAAACAGACGAACGAGGAUCACUUGCAAAGAUCCCCAAACUUUUUGAAGAACUUGUACACGGACACGAAGAACCCGGAACAGCUGUACGAACAAUUAUAGCACUUAUUGCCGGAGAGCAAUCAUGA